GAUUAGACGCGCUUCAUGCUCAACUGAGAGUUUGAUAUAGUUUGCACACAGACACCUCCAUUUUACACUCACUUCCAAACUCCACCCUUGCACCGCCGCUCGCCACCGUCACUCCAUGGCGCAAGAUAGCACCCGCCGCCUCAAAAUCAUCACCGGCGCCGACUCCUUCGGCUGCGCCGUCAAGGACGCCCUCGUCGCCCACCUCCGGUCCCUCAACAUCGAGGUCGAAGACCUCGGCACCGACAAGUACUACUCCGUCGGCGAAGAAAUAGGCCGCCGCGUCAGCUCCGCCGCCUCUACCACCACCACCGAAACCCGCGGCCUCGUCGCCUGCGGCACCGGCGUCGGCGUCUCCAUCUUCGCCAACAAAUUCCCCGGAGUCUACGCCGCCACCUGCCUCACCGCCGGCGAUGCCCAGAACACCCGCUCCAUCAACAACUGCAACGUGCUCGCCGUCUCCGGCAUGUCAACCUCCCCCGAAUCCGCCAUCGAAAUCCUCGAAACCUGGCUCAACACCCCCUUCAAAUCCCCUUGUCCAGCCUCAGAUUCCAAACCCUGGCCAACCGAAAUCGACUCCUUCCUCGACAGUUCGAUCCCCGAAAUGUCGAAUAUCGGACCCAAAAUCUCCAAUUCCGAUAAUUCGUGCUCGAUUUGCUGUUUGGCUAAGACAAGAGAGUUCACUCCGGUUGAGGCGAUGCCCGGCGGGUCGAUGAAGAUACUGAGAGAGACUCCGACGUCUGCGAUCGUGAGGUUUAAGGCUGGCAGUGUCGAGCCGGCGCAUCAUCAUACAUUUGGACAUGACUUGGUGGUGUUGAAGGGGAGCAAGAGUGUGUGGAACUUGAGCAAAGGCGAGAAAUUCGAUCUGGGUGUCGGUGAUUUCUUGUUUACGCCGGCCGGAGAUGUGCACCGGGUGAAGUACUACGAGGACACUGAGUUUUUCAUCAAGUGGGAUGGGCAUUGGGACCUUCUAAUGGAUGAGGACAUUGAUGCUGCCAAUGCUGCUAUUGAGAAGGAAACUUAGUGCGUGUCUAUGUGAAAUAUAGAGAGAGAACAACAGAGAGCUUGGUACUUGGAAAACCUGGAUGCUUUGUUAUUUAGACUGAUUAAUCCUGGCAGCUGCUGCCACAGAGGCAGCUACGCCUCCCGGACGCGUGGUCAGAUUC